AUGGCCUAUCGCAGGCCUGCCAGUGCAGGGCUGACUGUCAUUUUCCCAGGCUAUGAGAGUUUGUCUGUGGACAGGAGGCUAAGGACCUUGUUUUCCUGUGUUUUCCUGCUGAAUGUGGCGUCAGCAGCUCUGGUGGGGCGGAAAACCGCCCGAAGCCUGCGGCUGCAGAGGGACGAGAUGGGUUUGUCACCCAAACAUGUCCGCACACAGGGCAAAGCACCACCAAAGUUUCUAAGAACCCCUAACGACCAGACAGGAGUGCAGGGUGGGGUGGCCUCCUUCAUCUGCCAGGCCACAGGAGACCCUCGUCCCAAGAUCGUGUGGAACAAGAAGGGGAAGCGAGUGAGCAACCAGAGAUUUGAGGUGAUAGAGUUUGACGACGGCUCUGGUUCCGUGCUGAGAAUCCAGCCGUUGCGCACUCCUCGGGAUGAAGCCAUUUACGAGUGUGUGGCCUCUAACAGUGUAGGGGAGAUCAGCGCCACCACCAGGCUGACUGUAUUACGUGAGGACCAGCUUCCUCCUGGUUUCCCCACCAUAGAUAUGGGUCCCCAGUUAAAGGUGGUGGAGCGCACUCGCACGGCCACUAUGCUGUGUGCGGCCAGCGGAAAUCCCGACCCCGACAUCUCCUGGUUCAAAGACUUCCUACCCGUAAACACCUCUAACAACAACGGGCGUAUUAAACAGCUCCGAUCAGAAUCCUUUGGUGGUACACCGAUCAGAGGAGCCCUGCAGAUCGAACAGAGCGAGGAGUCAGACCAGGGGAAGUACGAAUGCGUCGCCACUAACAACGACGGCACGCGAUACUCCGCACCUGCUAAUCUCUAUGUCAGAGUGCGCCGUGUUCCACCCCGUUUCUCCAUACCGCCCACGGACAGUGAGAUCAUGCCUGGUGGCAGCGUCAACAUCACCUGCGUGGCAGUGGGUUCCCCGAUGCCCUACGUCAAAUGGAUGCUCGGGACAGAGGACCUGACCCCCGAAGACGACAUGCCCAUCGGGCGGAAUGUUCUAGAACUCACCGACGUUCGCCAGUCGGCCAACUAUACCUGCGUUGCCAUGUCGACGCUGGGCGUCAUCGAAGCAGUGGCACAGAUCACUGUGAAAGCCCUGCCCAAGCCCCCGGGCACCCCCGUGGUGACGGAGCGCACGGCGACAAGCAUCACUCUCACCUGGGACUCAGGUAACCCGGAGCCUGUCUCCUACUACAUCAUCCAACACAAGUCCAAGUACUCCGAGGACGCCUACAAAGAAAUCGACGGCGUGGCCACCACGCGCUACAGCGUCGGCGGACUCAGCCCCUACUCUGACUACGAGUUCCGCGUGGUCGCCGUGAACAACAUCGGGCGUGGCCCGGCCAGCGAAGCCAUCGAGGCCAAGACCGCCGAACAGGCGCCCAGCACCGCCCCUCGGCAGGUCAGGGGUCGCAUGCUCAGCGCUACCACGGCGAUCAUCCACUGGGAGGAGCCAGAGGAGGCCAACGGACAGAUCAUGGGUUACCGCGUGUACUACACCACGGAUCCCACCCAGUACGUUAACCGAUGGGAGAAGCAGAUAGUCCGCAACGCCAACUUCCUGACCAUACAGGGCCUGACUCCCAAUAAGACGUACUACAUCAAAGUGCUGGCGUACACGUCCGUGGGCGACGGGCCUCUAUCCCCAGACCUGCAGAUUAUUGCCAAGACUGGAGUUCCCUCUCAGCCGACGGACUUUAAGGGUGAAGCCAAAUCUGAGACGAGCAUCCUGCUGUCCUGGGUGGCACCGGCACAGAACGGUCAAGACAAUCAAAUCACGGGAUAUGAGCUUCUCUAUAAGAAAGGCGACGAGAAAGAGGAGAAACGAAUCAGUUUCGAACCCACCACCACCUACCUGCUGAAGGAUCUAAAACCUUUCACCACCUACACCUUCCAGCUGGCUGCACGCAGCAAACAUGGCGUCGGUGCCUACACCAACGAGAUCUCGGCCGAAACCCCUCAGACACAGCCCUCAGCCCCGCCUCAGGAUGUCAGGUGUUUGAGCCAAAGUUCCACCAACAUUCUGGUAAGUUGGAAGCCACCCCCCGUGGAAUUACAGAACGGAAUCAUUACGAAAUACACGAUCCACUAUGCGGCGACCGAAGGGGAGGACACGACACAACGCCAAAUCACAGACAUCCCUCCUGAAAACACACAAUACCUCUUGGAAAAUCUGGAGAAGUGGACAGAGUACCGCGUGACUGUGAGCGCCCACACAGAUGUCGGAGCAGGCCCCGAAAGUUUACCGCAUCUCGUCCGAACUGAGGAGGACGUGCCCAGCGGGCCGCCUCGUAAAGUCGAGGUGGAGCCUGUCAACUCCACGUCAGUUAAAGUGUUGUGGCGGUCGCCGGUGCCCAACAGGCAACACGGCCAGAUUCGCGGCUAUCAGGUUCACUAUGUCAGGAUGCUUAACGGAGAGCCUGUGGGACAGCCGGUCAUCAAAGACAUCCUCAUAGACGACGCCCAGGAAAUGAUCAUCUCUGACUUGCAAGCAGAGACCACUUACUCGGUUGCCGUGGCAGCCUACACCACUAAAGGUGAUGGGGCUCGUAGCAAGCCCAAACUGGUCUCCACCACUGGAGCAGUACCUGAUAAACCACGCCUUAUGGUCAGUCCCACAGUCAUGGGCACUGCCCUGCUUCAGUGGCACCCCCCUCCCAACACCUACGGGCCCCUGCUGGGCUACCGGCUUCGUUUCGGCCGCAAGGACGUGGACCCGCUCACGGUCAUUGAGUUCCCGGAGCGGGAAAACCACUACACCACCAAGGAAAUCCACAAGGGGGCGUCCUACACGUUCCGCCUGUCCGCUCGCAACAAGGUGGGCUUUGGCGAGGAGACGAUAAAAGAGAUAACCACGCCCGAGGACACGCCCUCCGGUUACCCACAAAACAUCGUGGCCGAGAGCGCCACGACGACCACCAUCCAAGUCAGCUGGCAGCCCCUGCUGUUGGCGGAACGCAACGGUGCCAUAAUAAAGUACGCGCUCCAGUACAAAGACAUCAACAGCCCCCGCAGCCCCUCCGAACUGUUCAUCGCCGCUCCCGAGUCCACUGUCACCCUGGACGGCCUUAAAGCCGACACUGUUUACGAUAUCAAAAUGUGUGCCUUCACCAGCAAGGGCUCUGGUCCAUAUAGUCCCAGUGUCCAGUUCAGAACACAGCCGCUGGAUCAAGUGUUUGCAAAAAAUUUUCAUGUGAAAGCUGCCAUGAAGACCUCGGUCCUGCUGACCUGGGAGAUCCCAGAAAACUACAACCCUGCGCAACCUUUCACGAUCCUCUAUGACAACGGUGAGAGUGUGGAGGUUGACGGUAAGCUGACCCAAAAGCUUAUUACCAAUCUUCAGCCGGAGACGCAGUACUCUUUCCUCCUGACAAACCGCGGCAACAGCGCUGGCGGUCUCCAGCACCGCGUCUCAGCCAUGACGGCGCCUGACAUCCUGCGCACCAAACCGUACCUCGUCGGCAAAACCAAUUCUGACGGCAUGGUCACCGUGGAACUGCCUUCUGUACAGACCACUGAGAAAGUCAGGGGAUAUUACAUUGUGGUCGUGCCUCUGAAGAAACAGCGAACGGGGAAGUUCAUCAAACCCUCAGACAACCCUGACGAGAUGGAUCUGGAGGAGCUCCUUAAAGAGAUUAACAGAACAAGUCGCGCUCUACGGUUCCGGAGGCAAGCGGAACCCAAAGCAUACAUCGCCGCCUACUUCAAAGACCUUCCUACCGAGUUCACCUUGGGAGACGCCAAGAUGUACGGAGACUUUGAAAACAAAAGACUUCUGAACGGACAGGAAUACAUCUUCUUCAUUUUGGCCGUCCUGGAAAUAUCUGACAACAUCAUGUAUGCCACCAGUCCCUACUCUGACCCUGUGGUGUCGGCCGACACCGACCCCCAGCCCAUCAUCGAUGAGGAGGAGGGACUCAUCUGGGUGGUGGGUCCUGUCCUUGCGGUGGUCUUCAUCAUCUGCAUAGUCAUCGCCAUUCUUCUGUACAAGAGUAAACCAGACAGGAAACGGGCGGAGACAGAGGCGAGGAAAGGAAGUUUGCCCAACAGUAAAGAAAUGCCGUCUCAUCACCCAAACGAUCCGGUGGAACUUCGCCGGCUCAACUUCCAAACGCCAGGUAUGGCCAGUCACCCUCCCAUCCCCAUCCUGGACCUGGCUGAUCAUCUGGAGCGGCUGAAGGCUAACGACAACCUCAAGUUUUCCCAGGAGUAUGAGUCCAUUGACCCUGGACAGCAGUUUACAUGGGAACACUCAAACCUGGAGGUAAACAAACCAAAGAACAGGUACGCCAACGUCAUCGCCUACGACCACUCCAGGGUGCUCCUGUCAGCCAUCGACGGAAUCCCUGGUAGCGAUUACAUCAACGCUAACUACAUCGAUGGCUACCGUAAGCAGAACGCAUACAUCGCCACGCAGGGGGCGCUGCCCGAGACCUUUGGGGACUUUUGGAGGAUGAUCUGGGAGCAGCGGAGCGCCAACAUUGUCAUGAUGACUAAACUAGAGGAGAGGUCCAGGAUGCCUUCCUUUUUCUUCUCCAAGGUCAAAUGUGACCAGUACUGGCCAACCAGAGGAACAGAAACAUACGGGCUGAUCCAGGUCACUCUGCUGGACACUGUAGAACUGGCCACCUACUGUGUUAGGACAUUCGCACUUUACAAAAACGGUUCGAGUGAGAAACGGGAGGUUCGACAGUUCCAGUUUACAGCCUGGCCAGAUCAUGGAGUUCCAGAACACCCCACACCAUUCCUGGCUUUCUUACGCCGGGUCAAAGCCUGCAACCCCUCUGACGCUGGACCCAUGGUGGUCCACUGCAGCGCGGGCGUGGGCAGGACCGGGUGCUUCAUCGUGAUCGACGCCAUGUUGGAGCGAAUAAAGCACGAGAAAACGGUGGACAUCUAUGGUCACGUGACCCUGAUGCGAGCUCAGAGGAACUACAUGGUCCAGACGGAAGACCAGUACGUCUUCAUCCAUGACGCGCUGCUUGAGGCCGUGACCUGCGGGAACACGGAGGUCCCCGCCCGAAACCUCUACGCCUACAUCCAGAAGCUCACCCAGAUCGAGUCCGGAGAGAAUGUGACCGGGAUGGAGCUAGAGUUCAAGCGUUUAGCCAACACGAAAGCUCACACAUCCCGGUUCAUCAGUGCCAACCUUCCCUGCAACAAGUUCAAGAACCGCCUGGUCAACAUCAUGCCCUACGAAUCCACACGAGUGUGUCUUCAGCCAAUCAGAGGCGUGGAGGGCUCGGACUACAUCAACGCCAGUUUCAUAGACGGAUAUCGGCAACAGAAAGCCUACAUCGCAACGCAGGGGCCGCUGGCUGAGACUACAGAGGACUUCUGGAGAAUGCUUUGGGAACACAACUCAACCAUCGUGGUCAUGCUCACCAAGCUCCGAGAGAUGGGAAGGGAGAAAUGUCACCAGUACUGGCCAGCGGAGCGGUCUGCCCGUUACCAGUAUUUUGUGGUGGAUCCCAUGGCAGAGUACAACAUGCCCCAGUACAUCCUGCGAGAGUUUAAAGUCACCGAUGCCAGGGACGGACAGUCGCGGACGGUGCGACAGUUCCAGUUCACUGACUGGCCCGAACAGGGAGUGCCAAAAUCGGGAGAGGGUUUUAUCGACUUCAUCGGCCAAGUGCAUAAAACGAAAGAGCAGUUUGGCCAGGAUGGGCCAAUCUCCGUCCACUGUAGCGCUGGUGUGGGAAGGACCGGCGUCUUCAUCACUCUGAGUAUCGUUCUGGAACGAAUGAGAUACGAAGGGGUGGUGGACAUAUUCCAGACGGUGAAAAUGCUACGGACUCAACGACCAGCCAUGGUUCAGACGGAGGAUCAGUACCAGUUCUGCUAUCGAGCGGGUUUGGAAUACCUGGGAAGCUUUGAUCACUAUGCAACGUAA